CAUUUCUUCAAGUCCUUUUUAGAGUGUAAUGUCUAACGCUGACUAACCUUCACUUCAUGCCAUGCCUGUACAGAUAUAAUGGGUCCACUCAAUGCACUGUCGGCACUCAUGGAAGUCAACCCAUUGACAUCGGAUCGCCUAUUGUCAUCGCUGCCUAACGUGACAGACUGGAAUCAGUUUAAUCAGCUCAACCACUUUUGCUCGACACUUUUCGAGGAUGUCAGUGGAGAAGCCUUCGAACCCCAGUCCUACGACACGCCACUGUUCCCAGAGUAUGAGCAAAAGCCGUCAACACUUGCGUUAGAUGCAGAAUUCGCUGGAACUAUUGAUUUAGACAGCAACAUGAGUGCAUUUAGUACGGCCCAAGUGGACUCGAUCUACAGCACGAUUAUCCCAGAUGAUUCGUUCGUGUCUUCGUCGACUUUGGCUUGGAAUACAUCACUCUCACAACCGGGACCUGCCGUCAGGCACUCGCAGCCGGUCAAGCAUAGUAUGCAGCAACCCAAUCGGUUCAUUCAUCCACAGUACGUGUCGCUACCUGCACUGCAGCAGGGUGCUGCCCCGAUCAAGAACGAGUCUGUUGAGGAGAUCAUUAAACCAACAGUUGUUUUACAGGAAAAGAGGACAUACGUUGAAGUAUCUAUACAAACAGCGGAGAAGAUGGCGGCGGACGAAUUGAGGAUGUUGAAGCAGCGACCAACAGUGAUAAGGCGGAAGUCGCGCCAGCUCAUCGACACUGAUGCCCUUUUGGAAUCGGUCCCCGAAGCCCCGGAUACGCCUAUGCCGGAUAUUAAUGUGGAGGAGACGGUGGCGGCACUUGAAGCAGAUAUCCCCGAAACUCAGGAGCAGGAUCAGUCAAGUAGCCGUUCUAAUGAACAAUCACCUGGUGUAACCAUUUCUUCAGCACCCACGUCCGCGCCCGAAACAAAUUCGUCCAAAUACGAAAGCUAUCUUCAAAGAGCAAAGGCCAGGCAAGCGGCCGUCGCUGCCGCCUCUGCUGCAGCAACUGCUGCAGCGAUGGAGCCGGUCGACCCUGUCGAAGCCAUGUCCCGUCAGCUCGCGCAAACACACAUCGAUGGCACCGACUUCAAGCCCAUCCUCAAACCUUCUACCACAAAACCUAUCAUAGAGGGCGAUGUGGAGCGACAGAUCAAGGCAGCCAAGGCACGUUCUCUAUGCUCACAGGACCCCAUUCGCAAGCAGCAUGCCGAGGUUGUAUUGAACCUGCUCAGGAGCAUCGAUACCAUUAUGGCCGACCAUCGCAAGGCAGCACAGGCCAAGAGUGUGGCCAACCCCAGGACUGGAGGCGGCGUACAUGUGCAGAAUCAAGGACAAAUCCGGACCGUUUCUUCAUACCUCCCUCGCCGUGGAACUUCCUCGACAACGUUCCAUCGCCCCUCGCCGUUACAUCAUGAACAGAGCGCUGAUUCUCCAGAUUACAGUAAACUGCGGUCAAGCCUGGCAGAAGGAUCCUCAUAUUCAUCGCCAGCCGUUCUCACGAGCUCUACGGCUCAAAGCAGUGACCAUACUCCGUCCUUAAAACAUGGAUCAGAGGUCUCUACGGAUUCGCCGGUUCUUUAUCCAACCUCGGAUCUCCAUCAUCCGUCUGCCGUUCCGUUUGAGCUUUCGGAGGAGGAAAGGAGAUUUAUCGAGGAGGACAACGCCAAGACUGCAGCGGCACAGGCUGCAGCUGCCGGGUAUCGUACGGCCCGUGUAUAGAAAUGAAAAAGCCGUCCUAUAUACAUACCACUUUACUCCUUUAUCAUUUUUGUGUUAUAUAUAACCUCCUGUAUAUUGUCUUUUAUGUUAAAACAGCACCUUAGUCUGCACUAUUAAAACUAUAAUAAAUAGAAUGGCUACCACAGGAAAGCUACCAACACGACUGAGCGCGACUUUACUGGGUCCAGAGUACCUUUAUUCAAGCUCUAGACCAUAUUACUU